AUGGGGUCACACACCAAAUCAAAGGGACCUGCUGCUACAAAUUUGAUGAAUCAAAAUACACAUAUUGAAACAGCUGUGAGCAAACACUCCGAACAAGCUCGUGUGGCAUAUCGAAGAUGCUUAAUUGCAUCAAUCAAUUGCACUAAGUUUCUAUUGAGACAAGGUCUUUCUUUUUGUGGAAAUGAUGAAAGUGCCACUUCAAGCAAUAGGGGAAAUUACUUGCAGCUAUUGCAAUUCCUUGCGGACAAUGAUGAGAAAGUUAAAGAAGUUGUGUUGGAAAAUGCUCCGGGGAAUCUCAAGUUAGUAGCUCCAAGUAUUCAAAAAGAUAUUGUCAAUGCAUGUGCGGGGGAAACACUUGAUGUUAUCGUGAGUGGUUUAAAAGAUAGAUUCUUUUCUAUAUUGGUGGAUGAAGCACGUGAUAUUUCGGUGAAAGAGCAAAUGGCUAUGGUGUUGCGUUAUGUGGACGACUCCGGGCAUGUAAUUGAAAGGUUUGUGGGGGUUCAACAUGUUACCGACACCACUUCAAGUUCACUAAAGGAUGCCAUUGACAUAUUCUUUUCUUCCAAUGGUUUGAGCUUUUCUAAGUUACGAGGACAAGGUUAUGAUGGAGCUAGCAAUAUGAGAGGUGAGUUGAAUGGCCUUAAAACAAAGAUUUUGAGAGAACAACCUUGUGCAUACUAUGUUCAUUGCUUUGCUCAUCAACUUCAACUAGCACUUGUUGCCGUAGCAAAGAAGAAUAUUGAUAUUGCCUCUUUCUUCACAACCACUAAUAGUGUGGUUAACCAUGUUGGAGCAUCUUGUAAGCGGCGUGAUGCACUUAGAGCACAACUUCAAGAAGAGCUUGUGGUAGCUUUUGAAAAUGAUUGUCUUAUCACGGGGCUAGCUAUAUUGGGACUCACAAAUGAUGUGUCACAAGCAUUGCAAAAGAAAGAUCAAGAAAUUGUGAAUGCAAUGGCUUUGGUGAAAUCAUGCAAGGAAAAGCUACAUUGGAUGAGGAAUAAUGGGUUUGAUGCAUUGGUUGAAGAGGUGUCUUCAUUUUGUGACAAACAUCAUAUUGAUGUUCCUAACAUGGAUGAGGCAUUCGUACUUCAAGGGAGGUCAAGGCGUAAUGCUCCAAUAAAGACAAAUCGUCAUCAUUAUCGUGUGGAGCUCUUUAUUUAUGUCAUUGAUGAGCAACUUACGGAGUUGGAUGAUCGUUUUAAUGAGCUACUUCGUGUUGCUCAAUUUUAUCCUCAAGACUUUUCGGAUGGGGAUCUUUUGGCACUUGAAGAUCAACUUGAGCUUUAUAUUCAUUAUGUGUGUUCGAGUAGUGAUUUCUCUAACUUGCAAGGGAUUGGUGAUCUUGCAAAAAAAAUGGUGGAGACAAAGAUGCAUCGAGCAUUCAAUUAUGUGUAUUUGCUUAUUACAUUGGCUCUAGUUUUACCGGUUGCUACUGCUUCAGUCGAGAGGGCAUUUUCCGUCAUGAAUAUUAUCAAAGGUCCACUUCGGAACAAAAUGGGAGAUCAGUGGUUGAGUGAUAGCUUACUUGUUUACGUUGAGAAGGAUGUUUUUGAUUGUAUUGAAAAUGAAGCUAUAAUGCUACGUUUUCAAAAUAUGAAACCUCGUCGUGGCCAAUUGUAA